AAGAUCCACCAUUGCUGUUCUGUCCACUUUUCUUCAAAACAAGAGGGCUACCCCCUAAACCGCCCCUAGUAUCCGCCACAUCCGCCCUUAUAAAUUUCCUUUAGCACUCUUCCCAUCCACCAUUCCUCCCAGAGAGAAACAAAAAAACCGUUACUCUCUCACGCGAUCUCUUUGUGGAAGUGUCUCAGAGGGCUACUAAGAAUCUGUGAUUCCGUUCACUUAACAGAGUGAUCGCGUCUUCAAUGGACACCAAGAUUGGAGCGGUUGACGCGUGUAAGCCAGCGUGCAGCGACGUGGGCAGCCUACCGUCGAACGUUGCCGUAUCGACCAUCCACGACUCCAUCCCCUCCACCUUCGUCAACUCAUCCGAGGCCACUCUGGGCGGCCACAUCGCCCGCCGGCUCGUCCAAAUCGGCGUGACUGACGUGUUCUCCGUCCCUGGUGACUUUAACCUGACGCUCCUUGAUCACCUCAUUGCCGAGCCUGGCCUCACCAAUAUCGGCUGCUGCAACGAGCUCAACGCCGGAUACGCCGCUGACGGAUACGCCCGCUCGCGUGGCGUCGGCGCCUGCGUCGUCACCUUCACUGUCGGUGGCCUCAGCGUCCUCAAUGCGAUUGCCGGCGCGUACAGUGAGAACUUGCCGGUCAUUUGCAUAGUAGGUGGUCCCAACUCCAAUGACUACGGGACAAACCGGAUUCUUCACCACACUAUUGGCUUGCCUGACUUUAGCCAAGAGCUCAGAUGCUUUCAGACUGUCACUUGCUAUCAGGCUGUGGUGAACAAUUUGGAAGAUGCACAUGAGCUGAUCGAUACAGCCAUUUCAACUUCUUUAAAAGAAAGCAAGCCUGUUUACAUUAGCAUAAGCUGCAACUUGGCUGGGAUUCCUCAUCCAACUUUCAGCCGUGAACCUGUUCCAUUUUCACUUUCUCCCAAAUGGAGUAAUAAGAUGGGUUUGGAGGCUGCAGUGGAGGCAGCCGCGGAGUUCUUGAAUAAGGCCGUGAAACCUGUUUUGCUGGGCGGUCCUAAACUGCGAGUUGCAAAUGCAUGCGAUGCCUUUGUUGAGGUCGCCGAUGCUUGCGGUUAUUCCUUUGCGGUGAUGCCAUCAGGGAAAGGGCUUGUGCCAGAGGACCACCCCCAUUUCAUUGGGACUUACUGGGGUGCUGUGAGCACUGCUUUCUGCGCGGAGAUUGUGGAGUCCGCGGAUGCUUACUUAUUUGCUGGACCUAUUUUCAACGACUAUAGCUCCGUUGGGUAUUCGCUCCUUCUGAAGAAGGAGAAGGCAAUCAUCGUGCAGCCGGAGCGGGUAGCGGUUGGGAAUGGGCCUUCAUUUGGGUGUGUUUUAAUGAAGGACUUCCUCGGAGCACUCGCUAAGCGGCUCAAGCGAAACUCUACUUCUUAUGACAAUUAUCAUAGGAUCCAUGUCCCCGAGGGGCAUCCUCUGAAGGCUGUACCGAGAGAACCUUUGAGGGUUAAUGUUUUGUUCCAGCAUGUACAAAAGAUGCUAUCUAGUGAGACGGCUGUGAUUGCUGAGACCGGAGACUCAUGGUUUAACUGUCAGAAACUGAAGUUGCCACGAGGUUGCGGGUAUGAGUUCCAAAUGCAAUAUGGAUCAAUCGGUUGGUCAGUUGGUGCAACUCUUGGGUAUGCACAGGCUGUGCCAGAGAAGCGAGUGAUUGCUUGCAUUGGUGAUGGAAGCUUUCAGGUCACCGCACAAGAUGUGUCAACAAUGAUUCGAUGUGGGCAGAGGACCAUCAUCUUCCUGAUAAAUAAUGGUGGAUACACCAUAGAAGUUGAAAUCCAUGAUGGUCCUUACAACGUCAUUAAGAACUGGAACUACACAGGGUUGAUUGAUGCAAUACACAAUGGCGAAGGCAAGUGCUGGACAGCCAAGAUCCAUUGUGAGGAGGAACUGGUUGAAGCAAUCGAGACGGCAACGGGGGCCAAGAAGGACUGCUUGUGCUUCCUUGAGGUGAUUGUUCACAAGGAUGAUACCAGCAAAGAGCUGCUUGAAUGGGGUUCGAGGGUCUCUGCUGCCAAUAGCCGUCCACCCAACCCGCAGUAAACUCUACUCGCAUCUACGAAAUACUAUGAUCAAUUAAAACAGAUUGAGCCUUUUUUUUACUACCACAUUAAAUAGGAAGUAUAAGGUUUGUUUCCCGAACGGUCUGCCUGUUAAACUUGAGAUUUCGUUGUUUUCUAUAUUAUAUCCAUCGUGAAUCUGAUUUUGCAAG